AUGAGCUACGCUGAGGUCUUACCACCUCCUCAAAAGGAUACACGUUGCCAGUUCGCUAUCAGCGAACAUUUCCUGCAUUCCCCUUUGGCUGCUAAGGAAAGACUGAUGCACUGGGUGUAUGAAGAAGAGCAUACAUACAUUGCCUUCUCUGUAAUAUACCUAGAUGAAGAGUUACUGCUUCUCCAUUUGCACUGGACAGAGAGCAUAACCGAUAUAAAAACAGGUACCCAAACCAGGCAGUCUUUCACAUAUGUGUGUUUAAAAGCGCUGCCCUGUGCAGUUAAAGCAGACAUGAAUGAGGAGCGUCUGGGUGAUGCCAGUGGAGCAGACAAUGCCGAGACCUACAGUGACAAAGACACAGACCAAAGGAGUUCCCCAGACAUGACUAAAGCCAGAAGUUCCUUCACCCCUGAGAGCCCUGAAAUUGUUUCAGUGGAUGAGGUUGGUUAUGCAGUUCACAGAAAUGGUGGGAGCACAGAGAGCCGUCCAGACAGCCCCAAGUACCACCCAGAGCAGAACCACCUCCUGAUAGAAGGUCCUUCUGGGACAGUUUCUUUACCUUUCAGUUUGAAAGCCAACAGACCUCCACUUGAAGUCUUGAAAAAGAUCUUCCCUAACCAAAAGCCAGCUGUGCUGGAGUUGAUCCUGAAGGGGUGCGGCGGUGAUCUGGUGAGUGCUGUAGAGGUUCUCCUCUCCAGUAGGUCAUCAGUGGCCAGUGGUGAGAGAUCGUCUGCAGAAUCCGAUGGUCUGGUUUUGCCUUCCAGUGGGCACAUUUUUGAACACACGCUGAGUUCGUACCCUAUUUCCUCUUCCAAGUGGUCAGUGGGCUCGGCAUUUAGGGUUCCUGACACGCUGAGGUUCUCUGCUGAUUCCAGUAAUGUUGUGCCAAAUCCUCUGGCCGUACCUUUGCAGCACCCUUUCCCUCAGCCACCACGCUACCCGCUGAUGCUGAGGAACACUUUGGCAAGAAACCAGUCCAGCCCAUUCCUGCCCAAUGAUGUCACCCUGUGGAACACCAUGACGCUGCAGCAGCAGUACCAGCUGCGGUCCCAGUAUGUCAGUCCUUUCUCUAGCAACUCAGCCAGCGUUUUCCGAAGCUCGCCUGUCCUUCCUUCCCGCUCAUCAGAAGAUCCUAGGAUCUCAAUCCCUGAUGACGGGUGUCCUAUUGUGUCUAAGCAACCGAUGUACACAGAAGAUGAGUAUGAUGAAAGGUCUGAUUCUUCAGAUUCCAGGAAUACUCAACACAUCUUAGACUGACAUUCGACAUGUGAUAGCUAAGUGAUAACUUGCAGUGCAGCUGAACUACUGGGCCCUAAGAGGAGGGACAUGUACUCUACGAAACCCUUGCAACUGUAUUAAAAAGUGACUUUGCUUGGUAUUGUACUAUAGCAAUAAAGACAUAACUUAUUUUAAUUCUUGCACUUCACUGGAUAAUGCCAAAUAGCAAUACUCUGGCUUUAGUGCUGAGUGUGUGUUACAAAGGAAGACUUUACGGCUAUCAGUUAUUGGGACUCUAGAAGACUUGUAAGGAAAACAGAAGCCCAAGGUCUACUUUGUUCCUUAACUCAGAAAAAUGGGGAUGUUAAACUAGAAUACUUGAAUGCUGUUUUAUAAGAGAGAACUCCUCAGGACAUAAGAGAUCAAACAAACGUAGUUCAAUUGCAAAUGGACCAAAACAAGGACCUAACAAUCUUAUGCCAGUGAUCGUCCUUGCAGUGAAAGAAAAGGCAGAAGAAAGAAAUACACACAUGAAACUACCAUGAGCUGCUUCUGUGCCAUUUGAGCUUGGACACUUUUCAGAGAAAUAAUAUUAAGAGUUA